GAGAGAAAAGAGUCACAAUGAGGAAGUGGAUCCUUACAUUAGAGGAAGUUUGAGUUUAGACACUUACAUGAACAGAGAGGCAGAGAGACACGAUGUUUGAAUUCAGACGGAUUAAAAUGCUUUUAUUUCUGAUGCUGGUGAUGCAGGCUACAGCAGCAGCUGAAGGACUUCCCCCCUCCUUCACUGUCAGAGCUGGACAGAAAGUCACUUUGCCUUGUGGAAAUGUGAUAGACGAUCAGCAACAAUGUAACAGUACAACAUGGACCUUCAGUUAUUCAAGACAGACAGCAGCAGUAGAGCUGAUUACACUUGGACAGAUUGGUGAACAUGCCAAAUCUAAAUCAGACAGACUGAGUGUUACACAGAAAUGUUCUCUGGUUAUAAAGAAGGUCACACAUGAAGAUGUUGGACGUUACGACUGUCAACAAUGGAAAUCAAGACAAAGACAAAGACCAGACUCUGUGGUUUCUCUGUCUGUUGUUACCAUGACUGAAAACAAGAUCAAUAAUCAGGUGGUGUGGUCCUGUUCUGUGUCACCAUAUGAUGGACGAUGUCCACGCACAGUGAAGUGGCUGUAUGUCGGUAACAAUGUGGAUAAAGAUCACAAAGAUCUGCAGACAUCACAGUCUCCCUGCUCUGCCUCUGUGCGCCUUCAGUCUUCUCAUUUCAUUCACACAUCAAACUCUGACUUAUUGAAGUGUGAAGUGACUGAUGGUGACAAAGUGCAGCUGUUUCCCUUCAGACUGCAGCCCUCAGGUGAGAAACCAGGUGACGACACGAAGACAACAACAACUGACAGCAGCAUGAAAAGAGGAACCACCACGACAGCGUCUCCAAUCAGUGAUGCAUUAGGAAAUCUAAAAGAUUCGUGGUGGCUGUUCGUCAUUGUGCCUGUGGUGUUAGUGGCACUUAUAGUCACUGCUGUGAAAGUCUUUAGAUGGAAGAGAGCUACAGGUGAGAGCACAGGGAACAACGCACGGAUGAAUGAUGAUGUCGGACUGACCUCAAACUCUACAGUGGCUCAGUCUGCCCCGGAAACCAGCCAGGACACGGCUGAUCCUGAAGGUGGUGUUUCCUACGCCUCCGUCAACUUCACCAAGAAGCCCAACAGUGAAGCCCGGGUUCGGACUAAAAACAAGGACGAUGAAGAUGAUCCAGUGACCUACAUGGCCGUGAAAGUUUCCUCCACUGAUCCCAGCAGCCUCUACGCUAGAAUCAACUAACCAAAGAAACCAAAGUCAUGUUAUCAGAUAUUUCCUAAUCACUCUUGUUAUUUUUGAUGCUCAUUUUCUGGGUAGAUUAGUGGAAAAAGCUCCUUACUCAGAAGUGGAAGAAGUCAGUAUUAGUGAUUAGAAUGUGUAAAGGAGAAGUAACUCAGCAUACAUGGGUGGUUGCUUAAAAUAAAUAGUGUAUAAGACGU